AUGUCGACAGCGGCAACCUACACUGCUCUUUUCAAUUUGCUAGAUUUCCCUGCUGGUGCUGUUCCCGCUGGAAAAGUGACUGCACAGGAUGACGAUGAUCUGCUGAAUGAAGCUAAAUUCCCUACUGGUUACAACAUCGUUUUGAAGACCAUGCGUGAUGCUGCAGCAAAAAGCGUAGGAUUACCACUUUCUGUACAAGUUGUGACACUUCCAUUCGAAGAGGAGAAGUGUCUUCGUGUGAUGGGAGAAGUGGAAAAAGUGUGGAAGGAAGACCAUUCUUCGGAAGAUCUGGUUAUACUAUCGGAUUAA